AUGAAUCCGGCAUCACAGAAGACGCGGUGGCAAGGAAGCCAGGCUGGUUCUGUCCACCCAUACAAUGGCUCGGCGGCCGUGGCCUGCAUAGCACCGGAAGCUGGAACGACAUUGCAGUGCCGCCUCCCAUUUGCUGCCAACUCCACCGCGGCAGAGCUGGCUAGCCUCCACCUGGCAGCUAACUUCCUUGCGGAGCACCCACCGCAGGUGCCCGUUGCCAUCUUCUCAUACACUCGCCUGGCUCUUCAAGGGCUACUAGAACGCAAUCGAGCUGGAGUCGCCGUCACCCUGCUCCUAACUAAGCUAUCUGCUAUCCAGAGGAGUGGCAUCCCCCUCUCGCUCCACUGGCUGCCCUCACACCUAGGCAUAUACGGAAAUGAAGAGGCGGAUGCUGCAGCCAAAGCAACCCACUAUGCUCCCGUUGCUGCAACCACUGCGGUAGCCGCAUCUGACUAUACACGGCAGCGGCUGCUCAAACUGCUGACCACAGCCCACCUGGACGCGCGGGUGGCUAGCGCCAAGCCACCCCAGACCCUCCCCAAGAAGGCACUCACGAGACGAGAACAGGUACUCCUCCUGCGCCUCAGGACAGGCAGCGUUUGGCCUGCCGCCCGAAAAUUCAGCAUAGGGGGAAUUGCUUCACCUGCCUGUAGGAGAUCCGGCUCCCCUGAAACCCUGGAGCACAUCCUGUGCCACUGUCAAGGGCUAGCCUAUCAACGACAGGAGACGACAGCUGCAUACCGUCGCCUCGGCCUUCCAGCCAACACCAUAGAAAACCUACUCUUCCCCCGCCUAUCCCCGGUCGCAGCACUGCAGGCCUUCCUCGAGUUUGCUGCUGCGGCCGGAUUGACCACCUUGUAG